UUCGGUUUUGAUAUUUUGCCAAUUCUCUUCAUCUUUCCUGUAAUCUCUCCUCUUUUCUUCAUUCAAUCUCUCUCUCUUUAUUUCUAUAUCUUCUUCUUCUUCUUCUUCUUCUUCUUUACGCCGCCUCUCUUUUCUCACAUUACCUUCAGCGCUUUACCACUCUUUGUUUUGCAUUGUUCUUUGUUGUAACAUAAACCCAAUUUCCCACAUUCUCUCAUUCCCACUUUUUUCCCACUGAAAAACCACUGUAUAUUGUCGUUUCUUCCUCUGAUUCGUCUUUUUUCUCACGUGGGUCUCGCUUUAUUUCUCAUUUCCUCAACUGGGUGAUUAAGGGGUUCUCCCGUGUACAAAAUAGAAAAAUGGGCAGUAAACUGAAGUUUGAACUUGAGAGGUUUCUCAGUGAGAAUCCGAUGGUUGCUUGUGAAAAUGGAUUUUCUGAAGAAUCUGUUCAAAACGGAGUAUCUUCAGUGACUGCAGAUUCCAGUUUGUCCUUGGAGAAAAUCCACAGUAAUGGAAGUUUGGAGAAUGGACCGGUCUUGAUCAAUGAUCUUCAGCAAUCAAGUACUGGUCAAUUUCGGACUGGGGAAAGUAACCGGAUUGGAGACCGGUCCUUGACAUCUGCAGUGGAGAAAUUAAGUUUGGGUGGGGAGGGGACAGGGCAAACUUGGAUGAAUCAUCCCAAUUUAAUGGAUGACCAAUUUGAAGGCUAUUUGAAUAAGCAAUCAAUGAACUCUGAAGCAUCAAUGGUAGUUGAUCCCUCUUUGAGGCCUUCGAAUCGUGCGAGCAAUGGUUAUUAUGAAAUUCGUAUGCCGGGUCUUCCCCCUCAGCUCUCAUUUUCAGCAAGACUUGUUUCUGAUGUCCACAAGAAGGGGGAGGCUGGCGGCCACCUUACGUCAUUUGAGACUCCUACCUCUGCUAUGCCAUUCACUCAUGAAGUGCCUGCUAGAAAUUUGCAGCUUCCUUUAUCCUCUCAUCAUGAGCAAAUGUUGCUGAAUGGAUUAUCCCCAGUUCAUUUUAUGCACCCACAACAAAUGAAUCAAGGUGAAAUAGGUCCAAAUUGUGCAAAAGGAGAGCAGCUCCAUAGCUGCAGGAUGCAAUGGCAGCACCAAUACCUGCAUGAUCUUCAUAAUCAGCAACUAGGACAUUCGAAUCUAUUUGAAUCUUGUGGUAAUGCUGCAUUUGGGCCGUUGCGGUUUCAGAGUCCUAAGCAGCAACGUUUUGUUGAGGUUCCAUUUCAUCCCUGUCGUGAGCAGUCUAAACAUGAAGGAUUCUGCAAUGGGAAUGCACAUUGUGCGGGUUCAGGGAUACCAAAUCUUGCAUUUGCAACACCUUAUGUAGAUAUAUUAGAUGCACAGGAAAAAAGUUUCAAGCAAAGUUCUCCUAGGAAGAUUCCCACAAGGACCCAUGGACUGAUUGGAGUUGAUUGUAUGAAGGUUCCAGAUUCUGAGAAACUCAAAUAUUAUAUCAGUCAAAAUGGAUUUCUUUGUCCAAGUUGUUAUGUUAGGCAGUAUGGUUUUGCUUCAACAGCCAAAGAUUGCGUCUGUCAUGACAACUUAAGAGUAUCUUCUAUGUUGUCUAGUUAUGCAAAUCGUAAAAUAGAGAUUCCGCCUCCAAAAUGUAACUCUCUUGAUGAAGCCACGGGUAAAAUUUAUCUCAUGGCUAAAGAUCAACAUGGUUGUCGCUUCUUACAAAGGAUGUUCAGUGAGGGUACGAAGGAAGAUAUUGAGAUGAUUUUCGGUGAGAUCAUUCAUCAUGUUUCCGAGCUCAUGGUAGAUCCUUUUGGAAACUAUUUGAUACAGAAGCUCCUUGGAGUUUGUGAUGAGGAUCAGCGCCUUCAGAUUCUUUAUAAGAUUAACAGACCUGGUGAACUGAUUCGAAUUUCGUGUAAUAUGCAUGGGACUCGUGCUGUUCAAAAGCUCAUUGAGACUCUCAAAACCCCAGAGCAGUUUUCCAUGAUUGUCUCUUUGUUGAAGACUGGUAUAGUGAUUCUCAUGAAAAAUGUAAAUGGUAACCACGUAGCACAGCAUUGUCUGCAGUAUUUGGUGCCUGAUUAUAUUGGGUUUCUUUUUGAUGCUGCAACAAAAUCUUGUGUCGAGGUUGCAACAGAUCGUCAUGGUUGUUGCGUGCUUCAAAAAUGCCUUGCUGUUUCUGAUGCUAGACACCGAGACCGUUUGCUAAGUGAGGUUGUACGUAAUGCUUUGGUCCUUUCCCAAGAUCAGUACGGGAACUAUGUCGUGCAAUUUGCCCUCGAGCUUGCACGGUGUCCUUCUAACCUUCCUUGGGUGACAUCUGGCAUCUUCAAACGGCUAGAAGGCCAUUUUUCGGACUUGUCCAUCCAGAAAUAUAGCAGUAAUGUUGUUGAAAGAUGUGUUUAUGCUGGAGAUGAAUAUCUCGCCAAAGUCGUCGAUGAGUUGAUAAAUGAUGAACGAUUCAGUCAAAUUAUGCUGAACCCAUAUGGAAACUAUGCAGUUCAAGCAGUGCUGGCCCGUUCUGGGGUUUGCAAAAGUUCUGUUCAUGCUAAACUUGUGGCUGCGAUCAGACCGCACGUCCCUUUGCUUAGGACAAACAUGUAUGGGAAGAAAGUCCUUGCAGUGCUCGCAAAAUCAAACUAAUCGGCGCAAUGGUCGACUAAGAUGGCCUGCCUCUAACCUGCAUUUUUUGUUGUUGUUUGUUAAGAGGGCAUAACUAGUCUUUCCCUCGUGUUUUUUCUCUUCUUUUUCUUUUUGUUUGUAAAGGGAGCUUAGGCCAUUAACCAUGGCUGCAAGUGUGUGCAACAUGGUUCUAUCUCCAUAUCUCGAAAGAAACCGAUUAGAGAUGAAGACAUUCAUCUCUAUCCAUUUCUGGAUGUGAAUACCGUGACGACGAACGGUUACGCAUCUGUAUUUUCCUUCUGUAGAUUCGCUGUUGUACUAGAGACCGAGAUGGUGACAGUAAGCUUAGGCUCUUUUCAGUAAUGUAUAGACUGCAAACUUUUUGAGUGUGGUUCUUUUAGAAUGAUUGAAAUCAUGCUCAUGG